AUGGAUUUCGACUGUAAAGAUAUCCUGAACUGCACAGGAAGUAGUUUCAUAAGCACUGUGGUACUGUUAUCGAUGCAGUUUUGGAUAUCUUUACGCAAGGCUGUUACGAUUAAUAGUAAUCUAAUGAUUGCAAAAAUGGAUUCGGACGGUGCUGAUGCUGGUGGUGAAGCACUGGUUUCAACUAUCGGAAGUAAUAUCCAACGGCUUAGCCAGUAUGGUUUGUUUUUGCAGCUUUUUUGA